CUGAUUGGCGGAGAGCGGCCCGGGUACCGGAAGUGGCCGGUGCCCGUCGCCCGUGACACCGGGACAACAGCUGCGGGUUCGGUGCGAGCGGGCGGAGCAGCGCCGGGAGCCCGAGCGGAGUGAGCGUGGGGCGGUAGCGGCCUGCGAUUGUGAGAUGGGGACUGAGAACAAGGAGGUGAUUCUCAAGGAAGAAAUUUCUGAAGAAUCUGAACCAAAUGGAAUAAUAUUAGAAAAACUUCCAAAAGUGGUUUACCAGGGUCAUGAAUUUGGAGCAGCUUGUGAAGAAGACAUGUUAGAGGAACAUUUGAGAGAAUCCACAGAAGAGAUUAUGGAGCAGAUGUCUCUUCAGGAGAGAGACUUUGCUUCACAGUUGAUUAUCUUUAAAAAGUCACCCUCAAGUGAGAUUGACCGGGAGUAUAAUGAGAGAGAGAGAGAUCUUGCAGUGGAGGGAGUUAGUACAUUUGCUUCCUCCGGCCACAGCUUCAUAGAAAAUCCAGAACCUAACAAAACACAGAGAAGUUCUGUGGGAGAAAAGCCUCAUACAUGUAAAGAAUGUGGGAAAACCUUUAAUCAGAACUCACAUCUUAUCCAGCAUAUGAGAGUUCAUAGUGGAGAGAAACCCUUUGAAUGCAAAGAAUGUGGAAAGACAUUUGGAACUAACUCAAGCUUGCGUAGACAUCUGAGAAUUCAUGCUGGAGAGAAACCCUUUGCUUGUGGUGAAUGUGGAAAGGCCUUCAUUCAGAGUUCACAUCUUAUCCAUCAUCAUAGAAUUCAUACUGGAGAGAGACCCUAUAAAUGUGAAGAAUGUGGUAAAGCCUUCAGUCAGAAUUCAGCACUUAUGCUACAUCAGAGAAUACACACUGGAGAGAAACCAUAUGAAUGUAAUGAAUGUGGAAAAACCUUUAGGGUUAGUUCACAACUUAUUCAGCAUCAGAGAAUUCAUACUGAAGAAAGGUAUCAUGAAUGCAAUGAGUGUGGCAAAGCCUUCAAGCAUAGCUCAGGCCUUAUUAGACACCAGAAAAUUCAUACUGGAGAGAAACCGUAUCUGUGUAACGAAUGUGGGAAAGGCUUCGGUCAGAGUUCUGAGCUUAUCCGGCACCAAAGAAUUCAUACAGGGGACAAACCCUAUGAAUGUAAUGAGUGCGGGAAAACUUUUGGUCAGAAUUCAGAAAUUACUAGACAUAUCAGAAUUCAUACUGGUGAGAAGCCCUAUGUAUGUAAGGAGUGUGGGAAAGCUUUCAGGGGGAACUCAGAACUUCUUAGACACGAGAGAAUUCAUACUGGAGAGAAACCCUAUGAAUGCUUUGAGUGUGGGAAGGCUUUCAGGCGAACUUCUCACCUUAUUGUCCAUCAGAGAAUUCAUACUGGGGAGAAACCCCAUCAGUGUAAUGAAUGUGCCAGAACCUUUUGGGAUAACUCUGAGCUGCUUCUCCAUCAGAAAAUUCAUAUUGGAGAGAAACCUUAUGAGUGUAAUGAGUGUGAGAAAACAUUCAGCCAGCAUUCCCAACUUACCAUACACCAGAGAAUUCACACUGGGGAGAAGCCUUACGAGUGCCAAGAAUGUCAGAAGACCUUUAGUCGGAGCUCUCACCUUCUUAGACAUCAAAGUGUUCACUGUAUGGAAUGAUCUACAGGAAAGCUUUCUGUGGAAAAGUUUCAGUUAGACUUAUGAAUUUGUUCAAAAUCUGUGCCCCAAGUUCUGAGAACAAAUGAAUUGACAGAAUCUCCUCCGUGCUUCCACUGAUUUUGAUUUAAAUAUUUGGUCAAAAAGGAUGAGGCACUUUUAUGAACUAUUCAUUGAGAUGUUUCAGUGUACUGAGUUAAAUCAUGAAAGCUGUUUCAGGCCUUAAUUCUCCUCUUCUCUUUCCUUCUUUUCCCUCCCUCUCUUCCUCCUUCCCCAGUGGACCACAUGACAUUACAACAAUUUAGCCUCCAGGAAAAAUGGAGGAAACUGAUUCCACCACCUUCUGAGAGUGACAGUUGACUCAUUGAAUAUUAAUCCCCUGAAAUGUUAGAAAGUCAUGCAUGGCCUAGAAGACACAUCUUGUUCUCCUGUGUACAUUUUUGCAUUUGAAUAAUUUAGUAAGCUUUUGUUAGCCUCAAAAAUCUUCCAACCAUGCUAUCAAGUUUCCUUAGAAGAUGGCAGCAUUAAGAAAGAAGCAGGAGGUAUGGCCAUUUAGCACCUCCUGCUAGGCUCCCUCGUUCAUCAGAAGAGGGUCCCCCUGAUGACAGGCAGUUUACAGUAUUGUAAGUGAAGGUCCUUAAAAUCCAAAGGGGCUGGCUGGUCAAGGCCAGGGGAUAAACCAGUGAGGCCAAACUAGGUGUGCCUUAUUCUGCUCUUUAGCAGCUGUGCUGCAUUCCAGGGCUGCUCAGCUGGACAGCUCCUGAGAACCACUACAUUAACCUUUGGCCCCAGCUCCUGCUGCUGCUGACAGAUCCCAUGUCAGGAACUAGCAAAAAGGACUGCAGCUUCCCCUUCAUCUUCACCAGGCACCUGGCCAGAAGGAGGAGCCUCAUUCACCUGGCUGACGAGAGCCUUGCCUUGCAAAGCACUUAAGCUCCCAUGAUCUGGACCACACUGCCAGGGGCCCUGGGUAGUAGGCCAGGAGGUGAUAGCCUCUUCUUGCUCGGCCCCUUAGCCUCGGAAUUCUCCCCAUCAUCUCUGUGUAUUCCUAUAUGUUACUCCUUUGAGGAAACACAUCCUCUGCUUUUCACAUAUCCAUGUUUCUGAGGCAGUGGGUGGUACUGGAAAUUGCACUAAUGAGAAUUCGGCAGGCCUGGGUUCUGGUCUUAGAGCUAUACCUUGAAGAAGGCACUUCCCCUGUCUGGUCCCUAAUUUAUUUGUACAAUGAGGGGAGGUGAACUAAAUGAUCUCUAAAGUGUCAACCAGCCCAAUAAUUCCUCAAUUUUUUUUUAAUCUAACUUUAUUUAUCUUCAUUAUUCUACUCUUUAAUCUCUUCUUUAUCACACUAAUACUAAUUGCUAAUAUUUAUUGUUUACUGUGUGCCAUGCACAGUGCCAGACAGUUUACAUGUAUUAUGUGUUUUUAUUUUCCCAGCAUCUCCGAUGUGGGUAAUUUUUUAAACAGCUUUAUUGAGAUAUAAUUUACAUACUGUACAAUUCACCCAUGUUAAGUGUUCAAUGAUUUUUAGUAAAUUUACAGAGUUGUGCAACCAUCAGUGAUGUGGCUACUUUUACCCUCAUUUAAAAGAUGAAGAAACUGCAGAGGGGGGUUUGAUUUUGAGUAACUGACCCACGAUCACACGACUAGUAAGUGCUAGAGCCAAGACUCCGGCGCUGGUCCAUGCUCUUAACCGCUGUGCCAUGCCGCAGAUAAGUGGACUCAUUACUGGCUUAUUUGAAAUCCUUUGUAUGUUUUUAAAAUUGGUUAUGACUAAUUAUUACAUGAAUUUGAACAUGCUGGAUUUUAAUCAUGUCCUUGUGUCUUAGUUUGCCAGGGCUGCUAUAACAAAUACCACAGACUAGUUGGCUUAAACCACAGGAAUUUGUUGCCCUCCAGUUUGGGAGGCGAGAAGUCCAAAAUCAGGGUGUCAGCAUGAUCAAGCUUUCUCUGAAGUCUGGAGUGUUCUGGGGGUGGCUGACUAUUACUCAGGCUCUGCCUGUCCCAUGGCCAUCUAUAUUCUGUCUUCUCUGGCUUCUAUUGAUUGUGUCCAGAUUUCUUCCUGCUUAUAAGGAUUUCGGUGACACUGGAUUAAGGCCCACCGUAAUUCAAUUUGGUGUCAUCUUAAUAGGAACUUCAAAGAUCCUAUUUACAAAUGAGUUCAUACCCACCGGACUUGGGGAUUAGGACUUGGACUUGUCUUGUGGGGGACAUGAUUCAGUCCCCAUCACCUUGAAAACAUAACUGAGCACACAGUACAUAAAGGGGGUUUAUUCUGUACCCUCAUAUAGGUGUUCCCCUAGGUUCAUGCUCUUGGCUUGAGAAAAGGGCAAUAAAAUGAACAGUUGAUUGCCAUUUCCACAUCCUUCCAGGCACCCCUGCCUCCAGCAGUAAAAUUCAAGCAUAGAAUGCUUUUUGAUUUUUUCAUUGCUUAAGAUCAAAUUGAAUUAUUCCCAGACCAUAUUGUCCUCACAUGAAAGCUUGAUGUCAUCUAGCCCUUUAACUUCUGGUUCCUAUGUUGGCAUAUUUUAUUUCCUUAUUUACCCUUUGCCACCCCUGAUAUAGAACUUCGCACCUUCUCAAGAUUCCCCAAAGAAUCCACACAUACAAACACAUUAUUAGGAAAUUUGGACUUGACUGAAGAUGCUGUGUAAAAAGUGGAGAAGGGGGUUCAUAUUAUACAUCCUAUUAGACAUUUUGUUCUCAGUCCCUUGACCAACUUGCCCCUGAAGGUUUUUUUCCUUUGUCCUCCCCCUCUCGGCCCAGCUGCUUCAGCUCCAUUUUUUUUUUUUUUUUUUUACCAGAUGCCCAUCCUCCCACCUCAGCUCAAACUACAUACCUAAAUGUAAGACCCUCCAGUUAAUCCACUCAUAUGAACAUUAGAAGGCAAUUUAGUGAUCAACUUUUGUUGUACCCAAGUAUGUUCUUAAGUUAGGGUAGUCUCACCUUAAGAAGAAUCUUCCAACAUACUUAGUGUUUUCACAAGAAUUCUGAUGAGAUUAUCUCCAUCUUCUUAUAUACACUAUACAUACAUCCUGCAACCUCAUUCCCUGCCCUCCUCCACCUCUCAUCCAGUUAUCUCAGGAAGAUUCUCUUUUCCUUCUCCUUUUUGCCUCCCUCACUAUUUUAUUUGGGAGUCAAAAAUCUGACCAUAAUUGUGACUGGUAGGUGUAAUUUUGUGCAAGUAGAAUUCUACCAAGGAAAAGAAAAUACAUGAGUUUUAGUUUUAGACAUAUUAAAAAGAAAGUCUCAUGAACUCAACAAGUCCUACCUAAUAACCAGAUAUAUCCUUCAGCAUUUUUGGCAUUAUGUCCAUGUAUAUUUUCUUCCUUCCCUGAUUAACUUAAUUUUA